ACUCAUCUCCCUAUAUAAACACCUCUCCUCUCAGCUACGCCUUCAUCGUUUCUCAUUUUCAGAAACUCAUCACCAUCUCUGAGAUAUCAAAGAUUUAAACAAACAGCGACGAUGCCGAGCAGAUACCCAGGAGCCGUGACACAAGACUGGGAGCCAGUGGUGCUCCACAAAACCAAGCCAAAGAGCCAAGACCUCCGUGAUCCCAAGGCGGUUAACGCGGCUCUCAGAAGUGGUUUAGCGGUUCAGACGGUGAAGAAAUUCGACGCCGGUUCUAACAAGAAGGGGAAGUCGACGGCGGUGCCUGUGAUCAACACGAAGAAGUUGGAGGAAGAGACGGAACCGUCGGCGAUGGAUCGUGUGAAAGCGGAGGUGAGGCUAGCGAUACAGAAAGCUCGGUUGGAGAAGAAGAUGUCACAAGCGGAUCUAGCGAAACAGAUCAACGAGCGGACACAGGUGGUUCAAGAAUACGAAAACGGGAAAGCUGUUCCUAACCAGGCCGUGCUUGCCAAGAUGGAGAAGGUUCUGGGUGUUAAACUCAGGGGUAAACAUGUUAAAUAAUGCAAAAAACGAUACCGUAUCUGUUUUUCUUUUUUUUGGUGCGUAUCUACCAUCUAGUUUCGUAUUCUCUCAUUUUGUGAAAAUAAUUAAGAACGCUUUUCAUUUGAAUUUUAAA